CCUUGGUCCUUCUAAAACUUUCUAUCUCACCUGACACCAGAAAAGUAGUAGUUACACCACCAUAGCAGCAACAUAUUAGCCAAAGGUCAGGUAAGAGUCAUACUUUCUAUUUUCAGACUAUAUACUGAUAUCUACACACUGAACUGCUAUAAUACCAGUAUGACUCGUUCCCACAAGCUUAACGAUCGUGAUCAUACGGUCACAUCCGAUGCUUCUGGGAACUCGCGAGAGCAACUUCCACGAUACUUUGCAAAAUCUGGCCCUGUUGAUGCUGACCCCCGCAAGACGAAGAAAGAUGGAGGCGGAAAAGGAAACUGGGGUCGGUCAGGUGACGAAAUGCAGGAUUACAACUACAAGUUCACCAAUGCUCGACGUCGCUCUAACAGCAGUAACCACGAACUCUCAGACUUCCGGACUAAAUUUGAGACCCUCGAGGCUGAACCAGUCUUUGAGGAGUUGCUUCAUGAAUCGGGAGAAAUCUCGCCUUUCACUAAGGCGAUAGGAAACCCGAGCGGCACUACCAAUGGCGAAGUCCAGAGCAAAGCUUAAGUUGAGCUCUGAUCCAUGUACCUUUUUCGUACUGAGUCAUGGUCACGAUCUGCCUCCUAUCUCGUCUAUUUUACUGACCGGCGAAGCCGAACAGUCAAAAAAAC